AUGUCGCGCUUGCUGGCACUUUUGGUCGUUGGCGUCACCUCAGCCUUCUCCAGACAGCAGCUGAAUCCAUCUCAGCCAGUAUCUGUUACAUUAGCGGAUGGUACGACCCGCAUAUUAACAGCUACCGAGUUUGAGGCACUGUCCAAGGAACGUGCCCAGGAGCGCGCCACACUACAGACCCACGGUGACGACACCACCGAAAGGCGAGAUCAGAAGCUGGAUGAUAUUCAAGUGCAGGAUCCGCAGUUUGCAUUGCUAAUUGACUUGGCCAAAGGUUCUUUUAAAGAGAUACAGCGCCAUGGAUACGCGCAGGGCUACACACUCGCAGGUUUUACAGAACAAAAGAUGGAGCAUGCAUCAACUGACCAUCAUGUGGAACUGGAGCUGCGCGCGAAAAAGGAUCCGAGCAAAGGUGUGAUGGCCAAGACGGGCACAGGUACUCAUAAAUCGGAAAAAGAGGGAGCCGAAACGCCACUAAACUACGAGGUUCAUCUAUCGCUGGAUGCCGAAAAGCGAUUGUCAGUGGUCGCAGCAUGGGAAUUGAGUGAUAAUAAGCUAUCACAAGGGCAUAAAAAGCAACGAGUGAUACGUUUGUCCAUUCAGCCAACAGUAGCGAUGUUAGAGCGCGAGGCCAAGCAAAAUUACGACAAGCCGGCAUUUGCAAUUUGGCUACUGGCUGGAGGGCUGGCAAUGAUCGUGGCAGGUGUGCUUAUCAUGUAUAAUACGCGAAAUCCGAUCCCUAGACCGAAAUCACGGCGCCGUUCCAGUGACAUUUGGGAACUUGUUGAUGAAAACGAUAAGCCAUUAAACGUUGUCAAAACAUCCGAGGAGCCAUUCAAGACUGAAAGGGAUGCCAAGAAAAAUGUAUAG